CUGAUACUGUCCAAGAACAAAGCCACGAACAGGAUUUUCGUAAGGGAGAAGCAACGAGAAAGUUCAACAAGUUGACGAGCGAGCGUAGUUUGAGAAAAAGAAAGCCAAAUCUGGAAUCGAAUAACCACUGGUGGUAGAGUUAGAUUCUAAAUUAAGAUAUAUUUAUUCUUCAAAAUCGAAUCGCAUGGAAAAAUAGGAGUGGAAUUGAUUUUGGAGAAGCAAAAAAGAUGGGUUCUGAUGCAGAGAAGACACAGAGCUGGUCGAAAGUGGUGGCCACCUGCCUAGCCGUGGCUGUAGGUGUUUCGUUCGUUGGUGUAUAUGUGGCAACGAGUCAAUAUGGUAAUGGCGUGCCCUGGGGUUUGGGUUUGUCCUGGAGGAGGAAGAAGAAGAAGCCUGUGCGUGUAUACAUGGACGGCUGCUUCGACAUGAUGCACUACGGCCACUGCAACGCUCUCCGGCAAGCGCGUGCUCUUGGCGACCAUUUGGUGGUAGGCGUUGUAAGCGACGCUGAAAUUAUCGCCAACAAGGGUCCUCCGGUUACCCCUCUCCAUGAGAGAUUGAUCAUGGUUCGUGCUGUCAAGUGGGUCGACGAGGUCGUAGAGGAUGCGCCCUAUGCGAUAACCGAAGAUUUCAUGAAGAAAUUGUUCGGCGAAUAUGACAUCGACUAUAUCAUUCACGGGGACGAUCCUUGUGUUCUCCCGGAUGGAAGUGACGCUUAUGCCCUUGCCAAGAAGGCUGGUCGCUACAAGCAGAUUAAGCGCACCGAAGGAGUCUCUAGCACCGACAUCGUUGGUCGUAUGCUUCUAUGUGUGAGAGAGAGAUCUAUUAUUGAGAAACACAAUCACUCUUCCUUGCAAAGACAGUUUAGCCACGGUCACAGCCAGAAAUUUGAAGAUGGUGGAUCUGGUAGUGGGACUCGGGUUUCCCACUUUCUUCCAACCUCCCGCAGAAUUGUUCAAUUUUCCAAUGGAAAGGGCCCAGGACCAGAUGCUCGCAUUGUCUAUAUAGAUGGUGCAUUUGAUCUUUUCCAUGCUGGACAUGUUGAGAUUCUUAGAGUUGCUCGAGGGCUGGGAGAUUUUCUUCUUGUUGGGAUACACAAUGAUCAGACUGUCAGCUCUAAACGUGGAGUGCACCGCCCCAUAAUGAAUCUGCACGAAAGAAGCUUGAGUGUUUUGGCUUGUCGCUAUGUAGAUGAGGUGAUAAUUGGUGCUCCACAGGAAGUGUCUAAAGACGUGAUCACCACAUUUGACAUCUCCUUAGUUGUUCAUGGAACCGUAGCAGAGGGCAAUGACUUUCUGGAGGAAAAAGAUAAUCCAUAUGCUGUUCCAAUUAGUAUGGGUAUCUUUAGAGUUCUGGAAAGCCCUUUGGAUAUUACAACUUCUACCAUAAUUAAGAGGAUUGUGGCAAAUCACGAGGCAUACCAGAAACGCAAUGAGAAGAAGGCGGCCAGUGAGAAAAAGUAUUAUGAGGAGAAGACUUUCGUGUCUGGUGAUUGAUUGAUGUCGGAUCAUCUGGGCACAUAGACAAGGCACAUUUGUCUAAGCUAUUAUUACCAUAGAACUAACAUAUGUAGUUCGGUUUGUAAGAGCAGUUGGAAUGAGAUUCUCAAGGCAGUGGUAGUAGCAGCAAAUUGGCAAAAGAAGAAGACCUGCAGAUUCAUUGAGACAGCUCGUAGCAUAUUUCCUAGAGUGUGCAUCUACUUGCUGCAAUGUGUAUGCAGUUUUUUCUUCCGACCUUCUUGCAAGAUAGAUUUUUGAAGAGAAGUCAAAACAUUAUUCUAUGGUAAUUUUUGUUUUCUUCUAGAGGUAUGGUUAUGAAGGCAGGUUUCCAUUUGGG